AUGUGGAGAUUUUUCCACGAUGAUGAUGAGCAGCGAGAUUAUCUUCUUGAAGACUCUCAAAGCCUAUGCUCUCUCUCCCCUGCCCAGCAGAGGAUUUAUGGGUUUGCUGCUCUUCUGCUUGCUGGGCUUGUCUUUAUGCUCCUGUCGCUGGUUGUUUUUGCAAAGCCCAUCAAAUUUGCCUUGUUGUUUACCUUUGGGAACGUGCUGGCGGUAGGAAGCACAGCUUUACUGAUCGGAACUCGGCAGCAGCUAAGAAUGAUGUUUGAUGCAGACCGAGUCUAUGCCACAGCAGUUUAUGUUGGAAGUGUGAUUGUGGCUCUUGUUUGUGCUCUUUUGAUCCAUAGUAAGAUUCUUACCGUUGUUGCUAUCAUAUGUGAAAUCUGCGCCCUUUUUUGGUACAGCUUAAGUUAUAUACCCUUUGCCCGUCGUAUGCUCGAUUGGAGUUGCUCUGAACAAAGGACUUCUACAUUUGUUCUCUUUCAUCGAGGGUUUGUAGAAUUUAACAAGGCUCCACAUGGAUGCUUUCUUGAGUUCAUCAAGAAUAAGCUCAACAUAGAGGUGAGCAAGUCCCAGCUUCACAACAAGAAAAGAAGUACAAGAGAAGAAAGAGAAACGAAUCGUAUGACCUAUCCAAACUGGAGUGUCGGAGCUUUCUGGUGUAAACAGCCGUUUAACGAAAGAGUUGCUAUUGUGGGAAGCGAGCCGACUGGUUUGGCUGCUGAUCAUCUAAACAAGAAUGGAUUCGUGAAAGGACUCGUAGUUGUGCGAGUCAAUGGGAGAAGGAUGAAAGUGGAAAAUUUCAGUUCAAUGAAGUCGAAGGCUCGGAUGCAUUAUUGGAACUGA